UCUGGCCCAAUUCUGCCUUGGCCUUCAGGCACCCUUCCUCCGGCUCCUUCCUCCUCCUCCUCCUCUCCCCCCUCCUCCUCCUUAUGAUGGCUGGCGCGGGAGGAAGGGAAGCAGGGCAGGUGCGCGCGUGCGGAGGGAACCGGGGCAGGUGCGCACGCGGAGGGAAGUGGGGCAGGCGUGCACGCUGCCACUGGCCCCUGCUGAGGCCUGGGUGGCGCGCAAGCCCUCACAGUGGGGGCGCGGCGGCGGCGGCGCUUCUGCUGCCGAGGAAGAGGAGGAAGGCGGAGCCGGAGGAGGAGCACACAUUUCCCCUAACCUCUUAGACUUUAUGUGGGCAAAUGGCAAAUGCUGAAGUAAGCAUCCCUGUCGGGGAUGUGGUUGUUGUGCCAACUGAAGGAAACGAAGGGGGAAACCCAGAAGAUACCAAAACCCAGGUGAUACUGCAACUACAGCCAGUGCAGCAAGGGAUUUAUCAAGAAGGUUCUGAGACCAGUACAGCUGUAGUGGCUGUGGAAGCACACACCAUACACAAACUUGAAGAAGGCAUUGAUCCCAGCACCAUUGAAACACAUGAGGAGAUUGAGAUUGCUUAUCCCAUCACCUGUGGAGAGAGCAAAGCCAUCCUUCUCUGGAAGAAAUUUGUUUGCCCAGGAAUCAAUGUCAAAUGUGUAAAGUUCGAUGACCAGCUUAUCAGCCCAAAGCACUUUGUUCAUCUGGCUGGCAAAUCUACCUUGAAGGACUGGAAGAGAGCCAUUCGUCUAGGAGGAAUCAUGCUGAGAAAAAUGAUGGACUCCGGCCAGAUUGACUUCUACCAGCAUGACAAGGUGUGCACAAACACCUGCCGCAGCACCAAAUUUGACCUUCUGAUCAGCAGUGCCAGGGCACCAGUGCCAGGUCAACAAAGCCUGGUCCAGACUCCCACCUCUGCUGAUGGAAGCAUCACACAAAUUGCAGUAUCUGAGGAAGGUGUGGAGGAAGGAAUUGAAUGGAACUCUGCUCUGACAGCAGCAGUCACCAUGGCAACUGAUGAUGGAAUCAAGAAGGACCCAGAGGAGAUUUCGGAGGACACACUCAUGUUCUGGAAAGGAAUUGCUGAUGUGGGGUUGAUGGAAGAAGUUGUCUGCAACAUUCAGAAGGAGAUAGAAGAGGUGCUGAGAGGUGUUCAGCAGAGACUUGGCCAGUCAUCCUUCCAGAUUACUGAUGCUGCUGUCUUAAAUAAUGUUGCUCAUACUUUUGGUUUGAUGGACACAGUCAAGAAAGUGCUGGACAACAGGAAAAACCAAACAGAUCAGGGGGAAGAGCAGUUCCUUUUUACUUUGGCAGACCUGGAUCGCCAGCUGGAAGAGCAAAAGAAGCUGGUCAGGGAUCAGAAGAUCAAAUCUCAGACCAUUCAGAAUGUGGUCCUAAUGCCUGUUAGCACUCCAAAACCUCCUAAGAGGCCCCGGCUGCAACGUCCAGCCUCAGCCACUGUCUUGAGCUCUUCAAGCCCUAUCCAGCAGCCUCAGUUCACUGUCAUUUCACCGAUCACCAUUGCACCCAUGGGACAGCAGUUCUCUGUGAGUAACCUUCCCAUGGCAACCAUCAGCCAGAGCUCUAGUCCAGUGACUGUCCACACUUUGCCAUCAGGCUCACAGCUUUUUCGCUAUGCCACUGUGGUUUCUUCCUCUAAGACCAGCUGCUCCAACUCAGUGACCCUUCAUCCAUCUUCAAGCUUGGCCCUGCUCAGUUCAGCAGCUAUGCAGGACAGUGGUGCCCUUGCCAAUGUGGCCACUAUGGUGAACCCUGUGGAACUGGUGGCCAUGGAGUCUGGACUGACUUCUACCAUCCAGGCCAUGGAUGGUACUUCUGAUGAUGGACAAACCAUCAUAGAAAUAGACCCAGCACCUGACCCAGAAGCUGAUACAGAGGAACCAGGGGCCAAAGCUGUGAUUCUGGGGACAGAAUUGAGGACUGAGGAGAAGAUGGUGGCUGAGGUUGAUGAGCACCAACAUCAGGUCCAUAAUGUAGAGAUUGUGGUCUUGGAGGACUAGUCAGAAAGCCAGAUCAUUACAUUAUUUUGAUUUAUCAUCUCUAUCAUUUGUUUGAUCAUCUUUUAUUUUUGUACAACCUUCUGGGUAAGUCCCCAUGAAUUUUAUUUUAAAAAACACACUCAGUAUUUUUAACAUGGGGAAGAACAUGGGAAAGAUCCAUGGGAAAUCAUUCUUAAGAGGUUGUAGAGAAGAACAUUCUGCCCCAUCCUAACCAGUCCAGUAGAAGAAAAACAAACCCUCACUGUUAUUGAGAUCACUCUGUGAGUGAUUACAGGGUAAAGACCCAGGUCUGAAAACACAUUUUAUCACCUUGUUUAAAUAAAUAGAAAUUCAUCCAACUGUUGGAAGAGGGCAGUGUUUGGGAAACAAAUUCCAUAUUUGCUCCUCAGCUCUCAACCUUUGUAGAAAGGGUGCUAGUAUUUUCUGUUUGGCAGGGAGAGUUAUUAAUAAAACAAACUCUCAUUAUUAAAGCCCCA